GCAGCUGUAUAUGAACUGUCAGAUCCUACGAAUAUCAGCUAAACUGUUGUAGAGGAGUUCACAAAUUCGUUUCCAGAUUAAGUAGGAAAAAGGCAAGAACUAAGGUGAUAAUGGAGCAAGCUACACCAGGUGACGUGGAAGAAACGAUAACGGUGGUUGUUCAAGAAGAUGACGUUAUGCAAGCCUGUCCAAAUGACACAUUCCCAUUACAUGAAGACGUUUUUCAACCCUUUUGCAAACGACGGAAGGCAGGAAAAGAAGAAAAGGAAAUGGCUAGGAUCUGUGAAAUUUUCUCUUCAAAGGACCACUCACUUGAGCAUGAAAGUUUCAUGGCAGAAUUUGAUCCUGAUCACGCAUAUCCUGGAAUUCAUUCCGCUGAAGGAGAAGCAGAGGCAGCGGAUGUUGAAAAAAAACUUGAUGACGCCUUGAGAGGAGAACACUAUGACUCGAUUAAAGAUCACGUAAAUCCAAGGAUUCUAUCCAGCUGUAAGACUAACGCUUUAUUCAAGGCAUUUGAGGUGAAGAAGAAAAUCACAGAUAUUCCCGAUAGUGGUGGAGCUGAGAGGAAUGAGUUUGAAACACUGGCAAACUCAGUGGAUGAGUUCACGGCGGCUUUAAUACAUCCGUUAAAAUCUGACGACCACGCUAGACGCACUUUUAGCAGCUGCUUGGAAACUGUAAUGGAAAAAGCCAUCGACACAGAGCAGAAGAAGUUUAUAUCUCAUCCAGUGAUUUACAAGUUACUCGAGGCUAAAUGGUACGGUUCAUUUGCUUCUCUGCGGAAAAGCUCUGCGACAAGUCUACGCUUCUGGAAAUACAUCCUUCUCAACAUCUGGGCUGUGUUUGAUUUCUUCCUUUUCCCAUUCCUUUUGACGUUCUUUUUCAUGAUUAGACAGAUAAAAAUCCGCUCACGAAAAAUGACAGACACAGAAGUCUGUUUUGCGAUAUCCCUCUCUGGCCAAGCAUCGGAAGAGACGUUUGCUUUAAUAAAGAAGUCGAUCAACUACAUAGUGCAUCAAUACGGCUGUCACUCAACCAACUAUUGCAUAAUGUUACGUCAGGACGACCAUGUUCCGAUUACCAGUAUAACCUUCGAAUUUGAAGACGCCACAGAGACAGAUAUAUUUAACAAAGUAAAUAAAUUAACAAAGCCCACUGCAAUUCGUCCUCUGCUUUGUAACGACUUACGCGCUGUUCGCGAUGCAUUCAAAAGCCCUCGCGUUCGCUUAGAAAGCAAAAAGGUCCUCAUCGUGUUCGUAAAUGACCUGAGCAAUGUGGAGGGUGUUCGGGUCGUAAUCGAGGAAAUUCGAGAAAUGGACGUUCAGCUCGUCGCUGUUGGAUUUGGAGAGCAAGCCAAUCUAAAUGAACUAGAAAAUAUUACAGAACGGGAUGCCCUUCACUUUGAAGAAUUUGAAUCGGCAAGGACUUUGGGAACAGCUGUUAUACAAGACUUGGAAGGAAAAGACAUCUAUGAAAUUUACGUGGAUUACUUUACAACUCCUUACUUCAUCUUCUUACGCGACACAUUAAGUGCAGUCGCCUUACUCGGCCUUCACUUUGCCAUUUGCCUAACUCCGUCAGCCAUCGCCUUUACCUCUAUUGAGUGGGUUGUGUUGCUUUUCUUUCUGGGAAGAAUUGUUAUGGUAGCUGAUCAGUUCAUUUGCGCCAUAAAGACAGAGAGGAAACUGGCGAUACGAAAGCGACACAGAUGCCUCAAGAACGCUUCGUACGAAGAAUGUUCUGAUCCAAAUCAAAAGGCAGACUCAUCCAAUGUGAAAAUUGCGCUGAGAAAAUUUGUCAACUACUGCAAUGACCCCUGGCAUGUGUGUGACGUCGUCAUUCUGAUCAUCUACAUCGUGACAGCCACUCUACGCAUGUUAACAUGGGUUUCGUCCUCUUCAGUGUCAGGCAAUAGGACCUUGGCUAUCACUGGUUAUUUGUAUGGCUUAAUCGCUUUGUUUCUCACGGAGCGCGCUUUUGGUCACGUGAUGGAGGUUGAUAGGGGUAUGGGUGCCAUACAAAUUGCUGUGUUUGUUAUUCUGAAAGAUUUGCGUACUAUCUUUUGGCUUUUUAUUGCAACUGUUCUCGGAUUCUCACUAGUGAUAACAAAGAUUUUUAUGGUCGAAACAUCAUACAUUUCGUCAGGGAAUUCUCACAAUGAUCGUGGCUACGAUUUCUCUCGUUGGUGGAACAUAACGCGACAUCUAGCAAGAUCUUUACUUGGAAUGACCUCAUUAACUCCAUUCGAAACCCUCGAGGAGCGCAGUCCGUCUGCCAUCUUGGCCAAUCUUCUCUACUUGAUGUUCCUGGUCAUGGGAGUUAUUCUUCUCGUUAAUAUGAUGAUAGCUUUGCUCUCCAACACCUAUCAAAAGGUCCAGAAUAACGCCUUACAAGAGUGGUCCUUUAAGAAGGCAGUAACAAUCAAAACCUACAGCGCACGGCAUCCGGCACCAGUUCCAUUUAACCUUGUCACCAUGCCCCUCAUCGCUGUUUUCAGAAUGUGUCAAAGAUGCCUAUGUAAAAUGAAGUCUUCCGAAAUGCCUGGAGUACAAGAAGAAGGCAGGGAUGCUGCUUUAGAUAAACUUGUGGAGAAACUACAAAGGACGUACUUUGCAACAUACGGCUAUUCUUUUCCGCUUACUGAUGAAGGAAAGAUCGAUGAAGUUCUACACGAAACAGACGGAAAUCGAAAGAUGUGUAGUCAGAUCAUCCGAAGAGUGUUCGAACCAUCAACCCUUGGACAGACAAACGUACCGAACGGAACAAUUGAAUGGGAAUCGCGUGGAAUUGGAAUCGAAGGCUCUAUGCUGACCUAUGGAGGUUCUUCUUCGUGUGACAUUUGUGAAAUGUGGAAUCAUUCCUGGGCACAUCAUGGUGCAAGGGGCUUGGGGCCUUUUACCCCAGAAAUUCCGAGAUUUGAGGUGUUAAUCCAAGAGAGCGGAGAGAGACGCAUUAUAGCAAUAGGUGCAGUGUAUGAGGGCUACAACUGUCAUUUCAUGCCGGGGUGGAAGGAAGGGACUGUCGGUUAUCACGCUGAUGACGGAAGAAUAUUUGAACCGAGCUGCAGGCAACAGGGAAAAGAAGUUCCUGACGCCAUGGCCUACCGCGGUGAUCUUAUGGCCUGUGAAGUAAAUUUUGAGGAUGCUGAAAACGACUUAGUUCCUGUAACGUUUUUCAAGAACAGCACAGAGGUGGCACGUACAUCAUUAAAGUUCAUUCCUGAUCAUACUAAACUGUUCCCCUUCAUCGGAAUGGGUUACGCUGGAAUUCGUGUUCUGGCAAAGAUGUGCCCGCGCCAUGGUCAACAGGCCCACCGCCCUGCAGAUGCUAUAAACAUACCGAAGGACACGGAUGUACAAGAGAAACUUAACAUCCUGAGAGAAGAGAUGAAAGGCAUGGAAAUGAUCAGGAAACAGGAGGUCAAAGAAUUGGAGAGCAAACUCCUCUAUGAGAUCCGACAGCUGACACGUGCAAUCAGAGAGAAGAAUAUUUGAUCGAGAAGUCAUCAUUGUAAAUGAUUUCAAAUUUUAAAUAAUGCUGCAUAGCAAAGGUUACUAUGAAUUUAGAAAGAUGAAUUAUAGAGGACUACAACGCUGUGUUGAAAUAAUCCUAGGCACUACAGUUUUAAGACAGUUUUUAAACAGAUUGGGCAAGCACUGCAGUGAUUGAUGGCGGUAGCCUUACUCAGAGACUUAGCAUGUUUCAAAAAUCACUCUCUCUCAUUAUUCACAGUGUUACAAGUCAUGUACUGACCGCAUCCUAAGGAACCAAGAUACCAAACAAAAGCUUUAGUGAGGACAAAUGUAGGCCUAAGACGUUUAUAGGCGAGAACUGGUUAUUUAUUCAAUGAUGUUGACUA